AUGGCAGGGGCAUUAGUAGCAUCACAUAUGGCAAAAUUUUUGAAGUGUGGACGUGAAUUGCGUGCUGAUAGAGUAAAAGCUUCUAGGUUUGGGGUUGCUUUUUACAGGGAAAUCAAAGGGAAGCAUGUUGAUGAUUAUAACUCCUCCAUUAAUGCUGAACUUUGCUUCUUUUAUACAAACUUGACUGAAAGGAAGCUUAAAACUCAAAGCGAUAUUGAUUCAAUUUUAGCUAAAUUGAAUCAAAAUGUGAAAGAUUGUGAGAUUUUGAUCAAAAGUGGAGUUCUUCACGAUGGGAUUUUAUCCGGAUCUAGCUCAAAAAGAGAGCUUGUUAGAGCUGAGUUUAGAAAUUUGAUAACUCGGUUGCAAAUAGGGAGUACUGAGUCGAAGAACGCAGCUAUGGACUCGGUUUUGAGUUUGAUUCCAGAUGAUGAUAAAAAUGUAAUGGUUGUUGUUGGACAAGGCAUUAUGCCGGUUCUUGUUAGAUUACUUAAUUGUAAUAGUUGUUUUGUUACUAAAGAGAAGAGUGUAGCUGCAAUUUCAAGAAUUUUAAUGGUGGAUAGUAGUGAACAUGUUUUGAUAGCAGAAGGGUUGCUUUUGAAUAAAUUGAAUAGGAUUCUUGGAUCAGAAAGUGGGGCAAUUGGGUCUAAAGGUGGGAUUUGUUCAUUAUUGGAGAUUUGUCAAGCUGGAACACAUACUUCGCAGAGUCUUGCAAGUGGGGUCAGAGUAGAGAAAUGGAGAGGGACGGAUGAGGCAGAUGAGGCCAUCAACCAAAGCUUUCAAAAUGCUAAUCCAAAUGGCCAGCCGUAUUAUUUGGCCCUGGCUUUUGAUAAAUCCACUCCUGAUUACAAGUUCUCAGGUACAACUUCUCACUGUUGUAGAGGGAAUCCUCCGAAAAUGAAAGCUGAGGUGUUUGCGUUGAAAACAAAUGCUUGGAGAAGAAGGCCUCAAGUCUUUAACUUUGGCAUGCUUAGAUUCAGAAAGGGUAUUCAUGUGAAAGGUGCUAUCCAUUGGCUAGCAACAUAUGCAGAAUGUUCUAUGACCUGCGAAUCACUUCUUGUUGCCUUUGAUUUGGCGGAGGAGAAAUUUGAAGUGCUGCCGAAACUCGACUUGGUUCAAAAUUUGCCUAGUGGUUUAAAGGUUCUUGGAGAAUUCCUCUGUUUAUGUGUUUGA